UAUAGAAGCUCCAAGCUUCAGCAAGCACAAGUCACGAGCCACCUUAUUUUUUUUAUCUGAUAUUUUCCUGCACAUCCCUUCUUUCCCACGUCUUUAGAAAGUGUUAUCCGAACUGCCCAUUUCUUCACGGUUAUAUAGAAUUCUCCUUAAUUUGAAGUUUUGAACAAAGAAUUGUAGAUAUCCUUGCUAUAUCCCAAUACCAAGAAAAUGAGGCUUCCCUUCUCUUACUUCUCCCUCCCUAUUUUCUUCCUCUUGUUCUCCACCUUCCAUGCCAUGAGCACCAACAAUCUCAUCCCUGAAACUUGCAAGAAAUGUGUGCAGAAAGAUCCGAACCUAACCUACAAAUUCUGUGUAACUUCUCUACAAGCAGCCCGAGGGAGCCACCGUGUUGAUGAUCUUCGUGAACUUGGCAAGAUCUCAAUCAAGUUAAUCAAACACAACGUCACAAACACGAGACACCACAUUCAGAAGCUCUUGAAGAAUAGGAGGUUAGACUCAUUUCUCAAGGAAUGUUUGGACGACUGCUUUAGUCUUUACUCGGAUUCGAUACCGACUCUUGGACAAGCCUUGAAAGAUUACAAAACCAAGAACUAUGAAAAUGUUAACAUCGAUUUAAGUUCGAUGAUCGAUGUCUCUACGACUUGUGAAGAUGGUUUCAACGAAAAGAAAGGUGCGAUUUCGCCAUUAACGAAGAGAAACAACGAUACUUUUCAGUUGUCUGCUAUAUCGCUUUCGAUUAUCAAUAUGCUUAGCUGAUAAUCACCCACGUUGGAGACCAGGUCCAGCUGCUGCUUGUCCUUAUUCACUAUUUUGUACCUGUCGUUUAGUUUCUGGUCAUGUUCUGUAGUGUACGUAUUCUCUUCCAUAUUCUUUAAAUUAAUAGUUUACAUGUUAUA